AUGGAUUCUGGAUGUGGCAUCCCAUGUAUUAAUUUCAGCAAAGACCCAAAAGAUCUAGUAGAAGGAAGUGAAGGAUGGAAGAAAUUAUGCAUACAAGUAAGAGAAGCUUGCGCAAAUUAUGGAGGAUUCCGGGUAGUCUAUGAUAAAGUUCCAGAUGAACUCCAUGAAGAAAUGCUUAAGGGAUUGGAAGAAUUGUUUGAUCUUCCUGAUGAGACUAAAAUGAAGAAUUCUGGUUCUGUGCAUCAUGGUUACUUAGGCAAGUUUGAAGGGCAACCGCUGUAUGAGAGUUUGGGAAUUCACAAUGCACCCAUCCUUGAACAGUCUCAAGCCUUCACAGACCUUAUGUGGCCUAAUGGAAAUCCUGCCUUCUGUCAAACAUUGAACUCAAUGAGUAGAAUGAUGCAAGAACUUGAAGGACUGGUACGGAAGAUGAUUUUCGAGAGCUUAGUAGUUAAACAUUACUAUGAUUCACACAUCAAGGACAAUGAUUACUUAUUCCGUGUUAUGAAGUACAGCGCUCCAUUCACUGAUGAUUGGACCCUUGGUCUUUCUCCUCAUACUGACCAAGAUCUCAUUACCAUCUUAUAUGAAGACAGACAAGGACUUGAAAUCCUCUCCAAAGAGGGCCAAUGGCUUCAGGUGGUACAACAACCCAAAACAUUUGUAGUUAUGGUGGGCAAAACCCUCAUGGCUUGGAGCAAUGGAAGGAUGCAUACACCAAAACAUAGAGUAAUGGUGAAAGGAGAAAAAGAUAGAUACUCUUACGGAUUGUUUGCAUGUCUGAAAGAAGGAGUAAUUGUUGAAACCCCAAAAGAAUUAGUCGACAAAGAUCAUCCUCUGCUAUAUCGUCCUUUUAACUACAGAGAUUACAUCCAGUAUCUUAGAGCCAAUUUCUACCUUGACUCUGCACUUGAUACCUUUGCCGGUACAGGAGGAGAAGUUUGAUUGUAAUGCAUUUAACAUUCUCUCGCGUGUUUUGUCAAUGGUAUUUCAUGGCGUGCGUGCACACCAACAACACAAAUUCAUGCUCAAAGAGGAA